AUGUCUGAAUCAUCUAGUGUGAAGAAACGCCUCGACUCCAUCUAUAAAGGUCUGUCUACGAAUAUGUGCCAUGUCCAUGUUUACGAUAUAUUAUGUCAAGACAUAAAGCGAUGGAUACCUGCCUCUGAGCCAUGUUCUGUUCACCGACUGGACAAGCCUACCACAGGCUGCCUUCUUGUCGCGUUGAAUAGCGUCAGUGGCAAGUCGCUCUCCCGCCAAUUCACUCAGGGCACGGUACAGAAGAGUUAUCUGGCCCUUGUCCGUGGUGGAGAAAAGUCAUUCAGCUCCAAGCAAGGCCGCAUCGAAGCGCCUAUUUCUUACCUUGAUGGACGGGCUCAGAUAGAUGAUUCAGGGAAGGAAGCUAUUACAGAAUGGGAGGUGUUGGGUGCAUCCACCAAAAUACCUCUUUCUUUAUUGAGACUCGGGCUAGUGACAGGUAACAAGCACCAGUUGCGGAUACACCUUGCAAAAAUAUUGCAAACACCUAUUGUCGGCGACUCACUUUACUCCUCAAAGCCCUUAGCUCCAGCGAUUGCUGAAGUCACAGAUAUCCCAGAAAAUCGGUUGUUUUUACAUGCUUCUGAGAUUUCGUUCUAUAAAUACACGGAACGGGGAAAACGUUAUCGUUUGAAGAUUCGCUCCCCUAUACCUCCGGAUUUGAAAAUUGUUUGCGAGGAUGCAGACAUUGAUUUACCUCAUAUCGAUGGAACUGUGGUCAUUGACGAGGAAGUUGACGGCAUUGACGAUCGAUAUCUCUGGGAUCGCCGAAAAUACAAUUAA